UUCUCGCUGCUUUCUAUGUGUUUUACUGUUAUUUAAGCAGCACCAUGGAAGCCCUUAAGACCUUUGAUCCAAUGCAUAAUUUGCAUAAAAGUGCAGUAGAUAAAGCCUUAGAAAGUAAAAAUGGGCAUCUGGAUCUGUUCCUACGGUUCCUGCUGGGCAUCUCACUGGAGUCCAAUCAAAGACUCUUACAGGAUCUACUGACAAACACAGAGGACAGCUCAGAGAGCAUCAGGAGAACCACACGGUACAUUCAACAGAAGAUCACAGAUGGACAUGGACUCUCCACUGAACGAUCCAUCAAUCUGUUCCUCUGUCUGCUGGAAGUCAAAGAUCAGACUCUGUCCAGAGAGAUUCAGGAGUUUGUGAAAUCAGAGAAACACAAAGAAAAAAAACUCUCUCCAUCUCACUGUUCAGCAAUCGCCUACAUGCUUCAGAUAUCAGAGGAGGUGCUAGAUGAGCUGGAUCUCAAGAAAUACAACACAUCAGAUGAGGGCAGAAGAAGACUGACACCAGCUGUGAUCAACUGCAGAAAAGCUCUUCUUGCUGGCUGUAAUCUCACUGGUCAAUCCUAUGAAAUUGUGUCAUCAUCUUUACAAUCCUCAAACUCUGUCCUGAGAGAGCUGGACCUGAGUAACAAUGACCUGCAGGAUUCAGGAGUGAAGCUACUCUCUAAUGGACUGAAGAUUUAA